AGAAGUAACUCAACGGCCAAGAAUCCAUCCAACAAGGCGGAGCAAGAACCUGACCCGGCUUUGCAGUUGAAGGUGUCACAGAUGAUCCAUUCCCUACGUGAGACAAAAAGCCAGAGCCUCCACUUACCAACAACACUUCUGUCGCUGUGUGAAAGCCCAAAACUAAAGAAGAAGAAAAUGCUCACUUUUCAACCAAACCUACCUUACCAACCCUAAUCCCUAUAUUCCCUCUAUCUUCAACUCUUUCCUCCUAAAGUAGAUGAUGUUCAAACACCAACUUCUAGGACCCGUUUCAGCUUUCUGUUUUAGGAACAUUCAAUGUACCUCGUCAGAUAUUGUAGAUCUCUACUGCUACUGAUCAUGGAUCACUCCUCUAUCCAGUCUUAAUUUUGAUGGUCUAGAUGUAGAAAUACAACUUGCGCGUGUUCAGUUUCAUCAUUUGGAGGGGCAUUUUUGUCCAUUUUAUCCAAGAUUGGAGCUGUUUUUAUCAAAAAAGAUUUGAUUUUUCAUUUAUCAAAAGAUUGAAACUUUAGCUUUACAGAUGGCUGAUUUUCAAUUUUGGUCUAUGUUUAUGGUUUGUUGUACAACACAGAGCUAACUUUAUUUCUGGGGUUUACCAAGAAAGAGGAUCUGAGUGAUUUGGGUCUGUACAAAAUUCCCAUCCAAAUUUGAUUCUUGAAGAUAUGUAGCGUGAAUUGGUUGUUACUUUUUGGUUUGUAAUCAUAGAAAGAAAUAUUAUUUGAAGUUCACUGUUGAGGAAAAUUUAGCAAACCAGUGUUGUAUAGUUGUUAAAGAUGUCAUUCAAGAGUAUGAUUCAGGAAAUGAGGGGUGAAUUUGGGAGCAUUUCGCGUAAAGGGUUUCGUUCUAGGUCACAUAGGGUGGUUCAAGAUUGUACAGUGACAUUGGAUGCUUUAAGGCAAAGUUGUUGGGCUAAUAUGCCGCCCGAGCUAUUGAGAGAUGUCCUGAUGAGGAUUGAGGCUUCCGACUCUACUUGGCCUCCGAGAAAAAAUGUGGUUUCUUGUGCUGGUGUUUGUAGGAGUUGGAGAGAAAUAAUGAAAGAAAUUGUUAGAACACCUGAAAUUUGUGGCAAAUUGACGUUUCCCAUAUCCUUGAAGCAGCCUGGUCCUAGAGACAAUCUUGUUCAAUGUUUCAUCAAAAGGAACCGGAGCUCUCAGACGUAUCACCUUUAUCUUAAUUUUAGUGAAGCUUCUAACGAUGAUGGUAAGUUCCUUCUUUCUGCUCGGAAGUGUAGAAGGCCAACAUGCACAGAUUACAUCAUUUCUUUAAAUGCUGAUGAUGUUUCCAAGGGUAGCAGCACCUACAUUGGGAAGCUGAGAUCCAACUUCCUGGGAACCAAGUUCACAAUCUAUGAUGCACAACCCUCUAACGCAGGAGCUAAAGUCAGUAAAUGCCGCUCUACUAGGUUUGUUGGAAUGAAACAAGUCUCUCCAAGAAUACCUGCCGGCAACUUUCCUGUCGCUCACAUCUCAUACGAGUUGAAUGUCCUGGGGUCUAGGUAAGAGAUAGUUCCUUUUG